ACGAGAGAGUCCGCUCCGCACCUGUACCUCGAAAAAUCUACCUGUCCUCCCAUUGCCCAUUGUAGUAUCAAAUAUUAUCCACCUGCUUUACCAAGUACAAGAACUAAAAGAUUAUACGCUUGCAGAUAUAGUGCAUCGCAUGUUUUGCUACAAUACAAUCCAAGUUGCAUUGUUGAUUUUUGCAGUGUGGAUGGAUCUACUAGAGCCGUGGUAGAGUCGAUUUCUUCCCAUUGAUUGAGUCAUCCCUAAAUUAUGAUGAUCUUUAUAAAUCUUUUCCCCGUCUUGUAACCAAUUAGAGUGACUUCAAAAAUUUGUGCUCAUUUUCUUCACCAGUCAUACAUUGCUCGUACUGUCAUCGUAUUUGUCAUCGUAAUUAUAAUCUAUGCGUUAUAAAGGUUUGUGAAAAUAUAUCUCGCAUGCUGCUUUAUUUUUCUCAAAAAAAACUGUUAUAUUUGUUGGACGAUUGCUCAGUAUUUCUAAUUGUGUAUACUCUUGAUGUGAUCUGUAUUAUUUGUGACGUUUCAAUUUGUGUUGCUCUUAAAUGUAUUCUUCUACAAGAAAAAUUCUUCCAUUGUGAAACCUAAAAGUGCUGUGCAUCUUUGUGUUGCAUGAUUUGCCAUCACCGGUGAUCUAAGAAAGUGCUAUAUUUGCUUAUCGAAUUUGGAUAAUAAUCAUCCAAACCGUCCGUCCAAACUAUUGUUAAAAAAAUGUAUGAAAUGUGAGAGACUAUUACAAAGCCUUAAAGGAAACCAAUAUUCGUAAUUAAAUAUGAGUCAAGGACACACUUAAAUAAAACUGAAUGAAAAAAUAAAAGUAAAUUUCUUGGCAAACGGCGUUGCCAAUUAAGCGUAACAAUCAGCAAUAAAAUAAUGUAACCUCAGCUCAGCUCAGAUAUCGAUGUAGAAAGAAAUAUCAACAAUUUUAUACAAUGGGUCAUAUCCCAAAUAUUGCAUCCACUUCAACUUGAACCGAAAUUAAACAGUUCUGAGAAACACUAAAAUAGAAAUAACAUUAUACUUGAAUGCAGAUUGGUGAUGAAUGUUAACAAUUCAAUUAUGCAUGAAGUCACCCAAGACUUGCAUUCCGUAUGUACCAGGCAGGAACAGGAACUUUUGGAAUAACAAAUCUAUACACAAACCAAUUAAUUAAUAACAAUAAUAAUAAUUGUACCAUGAAGAAUGCGUAGUAUCAUCCUCUACGUCCAUCACUAACUAUUGUUACAAAUCUAAUAUGCAAAUAAUUUAGCUUCUUGUCCAUAUACUUAAAUAUACGUAGUUGUAAGAACAAUCAAUCAGUGCAUGCAUUUAGCUGAACACAAAUUUGCUCAAAGAUCUAUUAGUUUUUCAUCAGUAAACUUACAAGCUAAUAAAUAACGGAACCCGACAGCUCAGCCUCUUACAAAGUAUGCGUCCAAAUUUCUUAAACUGAAUUAGUAUAUAAAAAAAGAGUAUUUGCCCAAAAAUAAGUAACUGAACUCAAUCAAUAAAGCUGCAACGUUAAGCAAUAACAAUCAAGUAACAGUAACAUAUCAGGGUUGUAGAAAUAUAUGUAAAUGAGAGAAUAUUAUACGAAUAAUUAACAAAAGUGUAUCUCAAUAAUCAAUUAACAUGGAAAACAAUUCACCUCCGACCUGCAAUGGGACAGCCCCACAGGCGAGCAGUACCUCUUGUGCGGAGGAUUCUGCAGGAACGACGGUGAUGACCACGUUGGGAGGUUGCAAACCCAGUGCCCACGCGACCAGCACUUAUUCAGAGGGAGGAUAUGACUAUGAGCUGGUUGGCAUCACAGAUUCUCGUUACGAGUGCCCAAUCUGUCUUCUUUGUUUCCGAGAUCCGGUGCUUACAACGUGUGGCCACAAAUUCUGCAGUGGUUGUAUCAGAGUCUGGGUUGUUGACCUUGGUGGGAAGUGUCCCGUUGAUGGAGUAAGUCUCUCACACGAAAACAUUUUCCCUGAUAAUUUCACUCGCCGUGAGAUCAUGCAGUCCAAAGCAAAGUGUCCCUACACGACGGACGGGUGUGAAAUUAUUCUCCCGAUUAGUGAUUUGGAUCGUCACGUCCACACGGAACAUCGGAAUGACGCAUCUUUUUCGGUGAACGGGAGCCCCCACUUUUCAACCGGAGGAGCGGAUGUGAGCGACUGUUGGUUCAAAGAGUUUGGAUGUGACAUCAGGGUUCAUCCUUCAGAAAUGCAUAAGCACACGGUUGCCGAUGUUCACAAGCAUUUGCACUUGAUGACCAUGGCGUACAAGCGCUUAAAACUGUAUUCCUCUUCCCGUUCCAACUUGGACCAUCCUCCAGACUCGUUUUGGCGUCAAGACUCGCGUGAAUCGCAACGAUGGCUAUUGGACGACACGCUAGACUCGGAUGACUUUGAGUUCCGCAGACAAAGGUCAUGGGACAGUGUCAGAUUUGCUCAGAACAAACAUAACGCCAAAUCUAGGCCGAGAUUCUAUCCGCCAAGAUUAGCCGAGUCGGACGAGUCACUUUGUAAGCCACAUGCCAACCAUGGUGAUCCUCAACCUUCUGGAGAACCUUCAUCAUCCCGCAGUAGUACAAUGAUGACUCCCUUCAAUUCCUCCAGCAACAACACUCAACAACCCCACUCACAAUCACACCAGCUCAACGACGUUUUCGAAAGACUAGUCCGUCUCGAGCAGAACGACAGAGAAAAACAGAUCAAAAUUGAGAAAUUACAAUCUGAGCUUGCCUCCGCGGUCAAUCUCUUUUCCGCGGCGACAAACAUCAUCAAAGACCUCACAUCUCGCUACUGUAACGGCGUAUUCGUCUGGACGAUUACGGAUUUUCGAAGAUUGUGUAUGGAAAUGAGAAAUGAUCCGAAUCGGGUGCGACAUUCGCAAGACUUUUACACGGACAUCUUCGGGUACAGGAUGUGUCUCAGAUUUAACCUCACGACACCGUCUUCCCAUGGAGCUGCUGCCAUUCAAAACGCUAAUGUCGCUUUGGAAAACGAUAAGGAUACAUUUAUCUCACUCUACGUCCACUUUAUGCAAGGCCAAUUCGACGACACGCUACAAUGGCCUUUUUCAGGCGUCAUGCGGUUAGUCAUCAUUCAUCCGUCCAACCCACAGAAUUCGAUUGUCGAAACGAUAAUUGCGAAACCUGGGAUCGCCUAUGCAAAGCCGUCCUCCCAUAGAAACGCGACCGGAAUUGGGUUUCCAGAGUUUUCAGCUAUUGAUAAAACAUUUCUUGACGGAUAUGUUAAGAAUGAUGCUCUAAUUUGCAAAAUAUAUGCGAAAGCACAUCACAUUGAGACUAAAGAUUUUAUAAGUUAAGCAAAGUUACAUGUACCUCAAAGUGAUAAAAAAUCAUACCGAUUUUACUUGUAUCUAAAUAUCAAUCUUAAUAUCAGCAAAACGUAGUCUCAUCAUUAAAUAUAUGUGUAGCUUUAAUUAAUUUGGAUUAAGCUUUAAAUUUUACAAGUGAUUGAUGAUGCACUACAAAUUGGAGUCUGUCACCUGCGUUUGCUAUACACUUAACUAUAUUCAUCCUUUAAAAUCUAUAUAUAUAUUUUAUGAAAAUUAAUUAUAAUAAAAUCUUUGCAAAGCUAAACUUGCUUAAAUUAUAUAAAGAA